AUGUUUGGCGAGGAAGACAGCGAAAGUCCCCGGCGCCCCUCGCCUUGGCUUCCCUCUCCUGGAAAAUCAAACCUGUCAGCCUGUGCCACUCCUGAAGAUGGCCCCUCAAAGGCCGAACCAAAGCUUCCUGACUGGCCCGAUGAGCUGGAGCCCGAAUUGGACGAAUUGGGUCAUAUCGAGUACAAAUUGAAAAUCUUGAGUCCUACUCCAAAUCGAUUCGAAAAACUCAAGACACAGUUGAAAUGGCGUUUACUUGAAGGGGGUGGUACGGCAUUAUAUGAACUUGGAGUACUCGAUGACGGAACUCUCGUAGGUCUUUCGCGUAACGAGAUGGACGAAAGUCUGGCGAAUCUUGCUCGGAUGGCUCGAGAGUUGGAUUGUGAACUUGAAUUGCUUAGGGUGGUCGAGAUACCUGAGAUAAUCGUGAAUACCGGACCGUCUUCGAGACCGCCGACCAAACUACCCCCGAGCCUAAGGUUUCCAGGUGGAACGGAUCGGAAGGAAAAGGCUAAAUUGAAGAAGAAAAAGAAGAAAUCUCGAGCUAAACCGGCCAUGGGACUGAACUCCGGAGGGCUCUCUAGACCACCGACAGGUAAACUACGAAUCGAACCAGGUGACGCCGUUGUUUCUUCACCCAGUGAGCCGUCCAGCCCCAAGGAGCCAGCCCUUCAAGAGAAACCAGCUAUCGUAGUCACAUCGCCUCGUCACUCUUCAAAAGGCUCAGCCCACUCUCUCCGGACUCUUCUGGAUGGUUUACAUCUACAUCCACGUCGUCCACCAGCCAACUCGAGUUUUAUCGAUCAGAUCUGUCUCCUAACUCCAGAAGAAAGAAGUGUGAUCAGGCGGGCGCGGAGGAACGAAAGAAGAGCGGCUCAAGCAGCUGAAACUCGUCGAUCUAAAUCACGUGUUGAACCAACCGAGGCACCCCCUGAAUCUAAUGAGGACACAAACAAAACUCGAUUCCCCGAUCUCCUUGACGCAGAAUUUGGUGGUUGGAAACGAGGAGCUGAAGAUAAGGAUAGUAUCAAGUAUGUGGUCGAAGUCUGUGUGGCAAAAGAAGCGCAUGCGAAAGAUGAACGAUUUUUGGAUUUCGAAGGAUUUGGAAUUUCUGAUUCGUCAUAG